AUGGACUUCUCAGCAGACCGGAGCAAUAAACUCGUUCAGUCCAUGGUGCAAACGCAAAGAGACAACCAACUCAACCACCGGUACGGCGCCGAUAUGCGACUCAUCACGGCGAUCACUCUCAUCUUCCUGCCCGGAAAAUUUGUCGCAACCUUUUUCAGUACGACGUUCUGGGACUUUUCUCCCGACAAUAACGGCACGAAGGUGACAUACUGGGUAUAUCUAUACUUCGUGGUUACGAUAGGUCUGACCCUGUUGGUGCUUGUUGUAUGGAGGAGAUUCAUUGCGCUUAAGCGACUGACGACGAAGAUAGUAAAACUGGGGCGCCGACUCCCUUUAUUAGGAAGGCUGAUACGAGAGAAAAAGAUUGAUGAUGAGGAGUCGGGAAAGAAAGGUGACUGA